AGCAAACUUCUCCACCGUUCUGUGGCAUCAUGAAUUGUACUUCGUUUAGCACCUCUCGUGAAAUUUGUGCCUCAAUUCCGCUAUCAAUUAGCACAGAAACUACGUGAUUUUCCUGUUCGUGCGCAAAUGUGAUUCUCUCUCUGACCAGCAAUUUUCCACACCACAAAUACAUUCCCAAAUGAUCACCAUCUUCUUCAGUUUGGUUGCGAAUUAUGUGUCUCUGCCGGGCGCUGGAGAGACGGAGUCACUGACAAUACUCGAACAGCAAAACCUAGGAUUAGUCGCACGGGGUGAGAAGGAAGAGCCGCGAGAGGAAGUCAACAGUGCAGAUCCUGUGACUGUGAUUAGUGAGGCGGAUCAGGAAGUAAAGGAGGAGAGUGAAGAAAUCAGUUCAGAUCCCGAAGGAAGUGACGUAAAAUCUCCACAGGAAGAUGAUGUUGUGCCUCCUGAAAUAGCCGACGAAGCGAAAUCAUUUGAAGGUGAAACUGACGAUGAAGUGAUUGAGAAAAUACUGCGUGACUCUGAAGAAGAAGUUGACAUAGAUCACUUAGUUCCGGAAGAAAUCGUCAAAGAUCACAGUGAUCCUGAGAGUAAAGCAGAGGAAAUCCGUGAUAUUCCAAUAGUAGAUCCUCAAAUUUCCGCCCAAAUUGCCAGUCUGUACGAGGAGGAACACGGCGAGGAAGAUAAUCGACCGCCAGUGCCAAUAAAGACAUACCGCUGGGAAGACGUGAGACGUGCCAAACAACAGGGUGGAUAUCCAUGGACACAUCUCUACAAACCACCCCUCGGUCCAGAUGAUGAGCCAGAAGUGAUCUUCCGCUAUCGAACGUCCCCAAAGAAUCGGCGAUCUUUCGAAGAAAAACUCUUGGACUCACCGAAAUCGGAGAAGAGAGUGCGAAUUGACAGUGAGGUGUCCAUCCAAGAUUGCUGCUAUCCCGACAUCCUCGCUGAUGAGCCCGAUGAAGAACCAGUGACCGAACCGAACGCCACAGAAGAAAUUUCCAAGGAAACACCGUCCGUCCAGCCGCCGAAGACGAUCUUGAGGAAGAUCUUCAGCCCCAAGAGUAUCCUAAAGAGAGCCAACAAAUCGGAGAGGAGCAAGAGUCUUCCACCGCCCGAAAUUGAGUCUGAUUCAUCUGAGAAGAAGGUUAGAUAUUGCCAUCCUCUUGUGGACAAGCUCAAAAUCAUGGCCGAAAAGCAAUUGUCCAAGACAUCAGGGAAGAAGAUCAAGAAGAUACCAUUGAAGGAAUCCAACAAGAUCACACUGGAAGAGGAGCAGAAGAUCCUCAAGUUGAAGGAGUCACCAAAAGCCAGUCACAAAGGCUUCACUUCUUACGUAGAGAGACACGAUAGUGAUGAUGUUGUGGAGAUUGUUGAGUUGGAUGAGUCCCCAGGAGAGGCUAGGAGACGUCGAGAAGAGGAGAAACCCGAGUCCUCAAGUCAUGUGACACCUGAUGAAAUCAUAGAACUUCCGGCAACAGAGCAGACUUCUGAGGAGCCCAAGAAGAAAAUCCCAAGACGCCAAGAGCAUGUCUAUGAGGAAGUUCAGGCUGGAGAGAAUCCUACAGUCAUCCUCACAGGAGACACGAUGGAUCCUUCCUUUCUUCACGACAUAAUCGCCCCCACAGACCUGAAAACCUCCCUCAGGGUUCAAGACAAGCAACUUCUAGACGAAGUCGAGUACAAGAGGAAACCUCUUGAUGAAAUUGCCCAAAGCUCUGAAGAGUCUCAAAAGUCCGCAACGGGCAUGUUGGCUCCAAUCUGCUCAGUGGACUCCGCCUCGUCGGACGACGAGCGGAAGCCCAUGCUUCAGGCAGUCAUUGAGGAGAGUGACAGCGAGCAUCCUCUUGAGAAAGUGCCGGAGAUUCAAGAACCCGCAGCCGAAGUCGAAGGCCUAAAGUCCGUCCUCAAAACCGAAGCCUCUCCAAACCUCGAUAAGCGUGUCACCUUCUCGCCUAGCACUGAAGAUGAUCCGGAUUUGCUGAAAGAAGACGUCCACCUUGAAGGACUAGACGUCAAUCAUCGCUGGUCCAAGAUGAGCGAUCACGAAUACGAACCCAUCGGCCAACCUGUGGAUGAGAGUGCUCGAGCAGAGCUUGAAGCUGAGGAGCUGGAAGGCGCUGUUGGUGGUCAGGAAUCUCCAGAGCCCGAGCGUACAAAGCAUCCUGCCUCGGAGACUUCCAGCAUCACGUCUCACGAGAGGAAGCUCCUCAGAGUGCCCACAGAAGAGGAAGGCGCCGAUGAUGAAAUGAGUGUUCAUGACAUUCAAAAGGACAUUGAAGAUCGCUACUUCACCAGCGCCACUCCUGAAUCCCGAACAGAUGGAGAACUACACACAAGUGCUGUGGACUCCAGCGCUCUUGAAGAUCUUCCCCUUGAGCGUGGCAGCCGAAAGAAGACCAUGUUGAGCUCUGCUCAAGCACGCGGAAGGCAAAUGCAGCAAAAUCUGAGAAAUCAAGCUGGUAAGCUCAGAUCUAAGCUCAGGAGUAUGAAAAAGACCCAGAACGGCAGUCCAAAAACCAAGGAAAGGAAGAAGUUCAAAGCUCCGGAGUUUACGAAACUGAAGAAUAUUCACAUGCCAAAAGUUAAUAAGCCGGAAAUGCCGAAAUUUAAGAGGCCUGAAUUUACAAAGAUUGAGUUCAAACGACCUGACUUCUCGAAGAUCACUCUACCUGAGCGUCCCAGUAUGGCGAAAUUCAAGAUCCCAGAGAAGUUCAGCAGUUUGAAGCUGAGGAGAAGCAGGUCAAUGAAGGAGUCUACAGGAUCCACAGGAGACUCCACUUCGGGCACCAAUGAACCUCCAGCGGUGACUAAGAAGAGAUUUGACUUUGCGACUUAUCCCAGGAUAUUCGAUAAGAUACGGCGACAAAAGACAGAGGGAGAUAAGCCCGAGAGGCCAGGAACGCCUCCGCCACCAACUUUUGCCACAGUGCCCAAGAGUGCCGUGAAGAAGGAUUCUCUUGUGCCUGAAGAUGGAGACAGCGAUGUGCGGAGGCAGUACUCGCUGGAAGAGGAGGAUUUCCAGCGCGAAAGCUCGCUGGAGAGACGCAUGAGGCAGCAUUUCUCACGCCAGCGGCAAGAGAACGAACAAGAGCAGGCUCUGGACACUGAAGAGCAGCGUCAGUUGGCUGACUUUGACAAGGAGAAUCGGGAGAUUCAUGAAAUAUCUCUGGCUCGUCAGGAUGAAUUCAAACAGAGACUUCCACUUGUGCACCAAGAUUCAGAUUUGGUGUCCGAAGAGAGCGCUGGCAAGUGGACAGGAUCACUGAAUCUCACACAAGGAUCUUCCUUGCAAGGCAGCGAAGGCAAGUUUGAGUUCGACAACAACACAAUCCCAAUAGAGGUGAAGGAGCCACGAAAAGGAGUCAUUGAGCAGAUUGACGAUGACGAAUUCUUCCUGAGAUCGAAGGGAAUCUCCCAGGAUAACAUUCAAAUUGGGGAAUACAUCAGUUCAGCCAUUCGUGAAGGUCUCACCACACCAAUGAACACUCUCGCUCAGGUGGGCAGAUACUCGCCGUACUACGAUGAGGAUGUGGAUCUGAACAGUGAGCCCAUCGAUUAUGGCUACGAUGUGCCGAAGAAGCCACGCCGCGUCCGAGAUCGGAGCAGUCUGGAGAAGGAUGAGUACUUCGGAACUUAUCCGCCAAAUAAGCCCAUGCGCAAGCACAGGAAUUACGAGUCGGAUGAGAGAAUUGUGCCACACACGGAAACUUACUAUCGCGACACGGAAUCCCACUCCUUCUACGACAACGACAACCUGGCGGGCCUGGAUCAGCCUGACAUGUACAUCGAUGACGAGGAGGAGCAGAGAUCCGAUGCACUGGACCGUGUGCCGUACCCACCGACCCCACCAAAAGCGCCCAAAAGACGCAGGAAACUCCACCGGCCACAGCCGAGGAGUGUGCCUGCCUAUGACAACCUGGCCGGAAGAUCUGUGUCCAACAAUUACAUCCCCAACGGUGAUACUGACGAAAAUAUUAUUGUCUACCGAACGGAACACGAAUACCCAGUGCCUUUAGCCACCCCUGAGAACUUCACGCCCAUCCCCACACCAAGAUCAAGAUCACGUUCACAAGCUUCGAGGCUCACCGAUGACGACAGGACAUCGCACGGAGCAGAGUCUCUAGUCUCAGACACUCAUAUUCACGUUGAAGAUUUCUUGAGAAAUGAACUCGACAUCACAGGAAAUAAUGGAUAUGCUGUGGUCAAGAAGGAGCCUCCACCGCGACCUCCGCCGCCUGUUCGUCGGAAGAAGCCAUCAAAAUCUCUGGGAGAGAGUCAAUUUGCCACAAUGCCCCUGCCGAAGAGGAGCGUUUCGCCUCCAGCUCGUCCCAAGAGGAACUACAGCACAAUCGCCCCAUCGAGACCGCCCAGAACAAAGUCUGUGUCCAGUCUUGGAGAGGAGAUGAAACCUUUCAGGAGUGCCACUCCUGACUUCACCCAGUACGAGGAGAUCGAAGAUUUGGACUCGCACAAGGACUUACAGUCCGGUGAGGUGAUCAAAAAGAUGCAGGAGCGACCAUUGCCACCACCGCCUCGGCCCAAUCGCACGCUCAAGAGGGCCAAGAAGGACAAGGAUGAUAAACCAGAUGACGAUCGUGACGGUGGAGGAAUUAGGAUAGAAUCGCGUGCGUCUGGUAUUGAGGAGGUCGAAGUGUCCACACAAACGGAUCCCUUGCCGGAUGACUUCCUUUGUGAGGAAUUGGAGAUCACCAGUGAUAUGAAAACCAUCACACCCAGUCAGUGUAAAACAUUGGAGGACAUCCUGAAGGAGGAGCAGGAGGCUGAAUUCGAGAGGGCGCAGCAAUUGGCUGCCGAACAGAGCCUGUCGAGAGGAUUGCAGAGGUUUAGAGAGGGCAACCACAGGAGUUUAUCAGAGAGAUCCAAGGCUUCCACUUUGGACAGACCCAAGACUCCCGGGAGUAGACCUAUUUCCCCAAAUGCCGUGGUUGUUGAGCGGAAGAUCUCAACGCCCACAAUGCUAACAGAGGCCACACUAUCUGUAGAACCUGUGGAUGAACCUUACUUGGCUACUGAACUUCCUGAAGAGGAGGAAAAAGAUGUAGAUAAACUGGAAGAAUAUUUACCAGACGUCGAACGUGAAGUGAUCCUAGAACCUGAAGUGAUCCCAGAACCAGAAGUUAUCCCAGAGCCAGAAGUAAUCCCCGAACCAGAAGUAAUCCCCGAACAAGAAGUAGAAGUAGAAGAGAUUAUCCCAGAACCCGUUCGAAUUUCCCAGGAAGAGCAGCAGCGCUUGCAGCAGGAGGAAAUAGCCAGAAGAAUGCAUGACGAAGUGGAGGCAGAAUUGGAGAGAUGCGCCCAAAGACUGGAACAAGUGAUUGAUGUGCUGCAGCAAGAAGAAGAAGUGCCGCCAGUUCCUCCGCCCCGGAGAAAAUCCUCAGCCGGGGACUCUCUCAUCCCACAAACCACCUCAGGAAAUCUCCAACUCAGAGAUUUAAGUGUGGAUCGCCUGAAUGUGAAUCAGCUGCAAGCUGGAAGACUCUUGGUAUCUGAGGUGGAGAGUUCUUCAAUGACUGCCCAGGAGUUGGACUGCAAAUCUGGGAAUCUCGUGGUGAAGAGCAUUCAACUCCCCAAAGAAGUUAUUGAGGAGAUUGUGGAUCGCGUGAGGAAUCAACUGCCGACCAGUCAAGCCACCACCGUUCACGAAGAUCCCGAUCUCGAGAAGGAGCCUCCAGCUCGACCGCCACCACCUCAUGGCUACUACUAUCCCUACUCCUUGCCGCCGCCCUCUUUCUACCGCCUCCGCGAUCCCUCUGACGAGGACGAGCAGCCUCCUGCCACUUCCCACCGCCGUCGGCGCCAUCACAGAGCCCACCGCGAGUCCUCAGAGGACGACGAUCCCGCUCCGCGCACGCGCAGUCGUCACAGUUCCCGCUCGCAGGAUGUCAUUGACCUGGGCGGACAAUUCCUCCGCGCUUGCAGCAACUCAGCGGGACGCUCAGUGAGGAAUAUCCUUCAACUGGUGCGCGCCACAGUGGUGAAGGAGGAGAAUCGCAGUGAGGUGAACAUUGUGGCAAUGCUGCUCAUUGUCCUCAUGGCGAGUCUCAUCCUCAUCUGCAUGGGUGGCAGCGACAGAACCGUCCAUCACCAUCAUUGGGACUUCUUCAAUGCCCCUGGCAAUGGGAAUCUCCCCAAAUGAGUGCAUUUCUCACGCAUACACAUUAUCACUUAUCCCCUAACAGUGCCCCACAAAUUGAGAUCUGCACAGCGCAAGCAUUAAUCAUCAGUUUUUUGUGCUCCAAAUUGUGGGAAUUACGGAAGUGUUUCGAAUAAAAACAUGAAAUUACAUA